AUGUCUUGCCAGACAUUACCGAGAGUUCUGUAUGUAACUGUGCUGGGGCCUGCGGCUACGCUGAUACCCGCCUUACCGAGCAUCACGGAUAAGAGCUUCAUCGAGGACUGUGUGCGAAUCCACAACGAGCUCCGCAGGAGAGUGGAGCCGGCUGCCAGCAACAUGUACUACAUGACUUGGGAUGCAGCAUUGGCAAGGACUGCCAGGGCAUGGUCAAGGAGAUGCCUUUUUAAACAUAACAUAUACUUAAGAGAGCAGCACCAGUGCCAUCCUAAUUUCACAUCUAUUGGAGAGAAUAUUUGGACUGGGAGUUAUCAAAUAUUCACUGUUGAUAGUGCCAUUAAGUCCUGGUAUAAUGAGGUCAAUUUCUAUACUUACGCAACCCAGAAGUGUACCAAGGUUUGUGGGCAUUACACUCAGGUUGUUUGGGACAAUUCCUAUAAAGUUGGCUGUGCUGUUACUUUUUGUAAGGCAGUUGGAGGAGCACGAAAUGUAGCACAUUUUGUUUGCAACUAUGCACCAAGUGGUAAUUACCCAAGAAAACCAUAUGUAGAAGGGGGAUCAUGCACUAAUUGUGGAAAAGGGGACACCUGUGAGAAUAAAUUGUGUAGAAAUAAAGAACGUGAUAAAAUUAUCUAUUAUUCAAGAUGGUACCCCCCUUGGGACUACAUGAUUGUAUGUGAUGAGGCUUGUCUUGCUCUUGUAGCUUUGAGAAUAUUGCUGAUGCUUCUUGCUUUUGUAGCUGUUUGUUUUUUCAAGAAACGCUUCGCAAGCAUGCAUAUGUCCACCUAA